AUGCUUCGCGUCUCGGCCCUAUUUGCGGCGCUGGCCACGUGCUAUGGGUGGCACACCAUCGCUCACACCCUCAUCUCCCAAGUCGCCCAGCUCUCGCUGACCGAGUCGGAAAAGAAGACGCUGAGCAUGCUGCUCGAUGACUGGCAGCCCUUCUUCCCCAACACCUCCGACCUGACGACGGCUGCGGUGUGGCUUGACACAGCAAAGUGUGACCGCGACGAGCAGGACUGCAAGUUUGCAAGCGGGGACCACCGCCUCUACGCCGGUGCAGUGGCCGACCGCAAGUUCAGCUCGUGGCACUAUGCUGAUGUUCCGAUCAACCCCGAUGGCGUGGAGCUGUCCGAGGAGGAGCAAGACAUCUACGCGGAGGACCACAUUGUGUGGGCCCUCGGCGAGACGCUGUACUCUCUCGGCACGAGCACCAACCUUUGGUCGCUCAACCUCAACCUUCGCUAUAUGCUUCACCUUAUGGGCGACAUCCACCAGCCGCUCCACGCGGCCGGCAUGUACGCCAAGCCUGGAAACCCGUGGGCGGGGCCUGAUGGACAGCUGCGCGGCGACGCCGGCGGCGGGUUCACCUUCUUUGACGCCAAGGCCAGCAACCUGGAGUGGGAAGCGGCCGGCAACUUGCACGAUUUCUGGGACGCCGCCGGAGGCGCUCCCCGGCGAGUGCAGCUGUGCUACCGCCCGCACCACACCACGCGCACGCCACAGGCGGUGACCCUGACAGACAAGUUCCCCAAAGAUUUCUUCCCCGAAUACGAGACGAUCGAAGAGGAGUUCAGGAAUUGCUGGGCUUCGCUGUGUGAAGUGUCCACCCGCACGUUCCCCCCUCGGGGACUCUGCCCCGAGGGGCAGUACGUCCGCAAGCCGACCCAGGAGUGCAAGGACGUCUUCGCUCACAUUCUGGUCGAGUCGUCCGAGUACGCAAAGAUUUACGCGUACAACGACGACCUGGUGUUCAACGGGCCACUCACACCAAAGUACCGCGCCGACGCGAAGGAUGUCUGCCAGAAGCGCAUCACCCUCGCCGGCUAUCGCCUUGCUGACGCGCUCAAGAAGGUGGCGGGUCUUCUCAAGGAGUUCGAGCUCAAGGACGAUGAGGCCUGCAACUACGAGGCAAAGGCGGAGGUCGACCACCCCAAGGCCAUGUUUGGUUUCUUCAAAAACGUGUUCUCGGGCGACAUCGGUGGAGCGGCGACGACGGCCCGCGCGAUGGUGAUGCCAAGCCGUGUCGUUGCCGAGCCCACGGCAGUCGCAGCACCCAAGGUUGGAGAUGCCCUCUUGGUCGCAGGAGGCAUGAUUGGAGCCACGGUUUCUCUCCUCACCUACCUGCUAGGUCGAUCCCACGGCAAAAAGGCCGGAGAGGCGGUGGAGAACGGAGCCUUGGUGUAG